AGCAUAUUCAAGAUGAGAUUCCUCUGUCUUCAUGGCUCUGGCACAAGCGACGAGAUAUUCGAAAUACAAUCAGGCGGAUUAAGACAACAGCUGGAAGAAAAUGGACACGACUUCAUAUUCAUGAAUGGGAGAUUGGAGGCCAAACCUGAGCCAGAACUCGAAGGAAUCUGCGACGGCCCAUUCUAUAACCAUUUCCCCCGAGAUGUAGCACCAAGCGAAAAUCUCGCCAAAGCAUUCGAACACACCCUCAACUUUAUGCAACGGGAGGGCCCUUUUGAUGCUGUUAUGGGGUUCUCACAGGGUGGCUCGCUCGCAGCUUCGAUGAUUAUCGACCAUGCUAAAACCCACGAUAAGCCCCUCUUUAAGCUUGCCGUCUUUAUCUGCUCGGCUAUCCCUUUCGAGAGAACAGGAACGCAUCCUAUCCUCCCCACUGACGACGGAUACCCUAUCAUCAUUCCCACGGCGAAUAUCGUGGGUAACCAGGAUUAUGUCUAUCCUCAAAGUAUGCACGUGUAUGGGCUUUGCGACCCGUCCAAGAGUGCGUUUUACGACCAUGGCUCGAAGCACGGCAUCCCCUUUGAUCAGAAGAAUACCACUGCCAUGACAGAGGUUGUGGAAAAGACGAUUGAAAGGGCUCUCCGUGGCUGA